GCUUUUUCCAGAUGCUCUGGAUGGAGUGAGGGGUGAGGGGGGCACAGGGGUAAUUGCCUGCUCAGGGCCUCUUCUCUGCCGCCUCCCACAGGAAGGAGCCUGACCUGCUGGCUUGGUAGAGUGGGCCCUCCCGGCAGGGUGGUCUUACCUUCCCCCGCCCGUCAUACUGCGCUGGGGUUCCUGGCCCACCCGUGCUCAGACCUUGGCUCCCACACUCCCUGCCGCCGAGUUCGUGCCCAAGUUCGUGCACGUUCAGAGCUGGGCGAGCAUCUCCUCCGCCCCCGUAGAUCAGGCUGAGCUGAGGUUCCCUUCCAGAGACGAUGGCAGCCCUUCACACGACUCCAGACUCCCCAGCUGCCCAGCGGGAGAGGGCGGAGGACGGGUCGGAAUGUGAUCCUAAUCGGGAGGAAGAAGAGGAGGAAGAAAAGGGGGAAGAGGUGGAGGAGCUGGCGGACGAGGAGGUGAUGGUGGUGGAGGCUGAGGAGGACGAGGCCGUGGCGGAGGUGGCAGAGGAGCUGGAGGUGGAGGGGGUGCAGGCAGGGCCGGUGCAGCAGGUGGAGGUGGAGGCGGAGGAGGACGACGUGGAGGAGGUGGUGGCAGAAGAGCGGAGUCCGGCGUCGGGGACCCAGGAGCGCCUUAGCUGUGGUGGGGAUGCCCAGUCCCCAGGUCUUCAGGAAAAGGCCUUGCAGGCCUCCCGGGCUCCAGCCAUGUUGAGGGAUGAGGACCUGGAGCAGGACGAGGACGAGGACGAAGAAGAGGAGGAGGAGGAGGAGGAGGAGGAUUCCCUGACAUCUGGGUCUCAGGGGCUGGUGACCUUUGAAGACGUGGCUGUGUACUUCUCCCUGGAGGAGUGGGAAAGGCUGGAUGCGGACCAGCGGGAGCUCUACAAGGAAGUCAUGCAGGAAAACUAUGGGAUCCUGGUGUCCUUGGGAUACCCAAUCCCCAAGCCGGAUCUGAUCUUCCGGCUGGAGCAAGGAGAGGAGCCUUGGGUCCCGGAUAGCCCCCGUCCCGAGGAGGGAGACAUCGUCACCGGUGUCUACACAGGGGCCUGGUUCUGGACCGACGACAUAGAGGACCACGAGGAGGACGACGACGAGGACUUCCUGGCAGAGGUGGCCGAGGAGGAGAACGAGCCCCCAGGGCUGUGGUCCGCGGCCUACGGCGUGGGGGACGUGCCUGGGACCUGGGGCCCCGACGACUCGGAUUCGGCGCAGACUCCAGAGGGGUGGGGUCUUGACCCCGGCGGCCUCGGGGUCCUGGCCGAGGGGUCCGAGACGAAGCCCUUUCUGCAGGGCCGGGAGCCAGGGGCGAGCCUGCUGGCGCCCUGGGCGUUCCCGGCCGCGGUGGCCGCUCCAGCCGGGCGGCCGGAGACGACGUGUGACGUGUGCGGUAAAGUGUUCCCGCACCGGUCCCGGCUGGCCAAGCACCAGCGCUACCACGCGGCCGUCAAGCCCUUUGGCUGCGAUGAGUGCGGCAAGGGCUUCGUGUACCGCUCGCACCUGGCCAUCCAUCAGCGCACCCACACCGGCGAGAAGCCCUUCCCGUGUCCGGACUGCGGCAAGCGCUUCGUGUACAAGUCGCACCUGGUCACGCACCGGCGCAUCCACACGGGCGAGCGGCCCUACCGCUGCGCCUUCUGCGGCGCGGGCUUCGGGCGCCGCUCCUACCUGGUCACGCACCAGCGCACGCACACCGGCGAGCGGCCCUACCCCUGCCCGCACUGCGGCCGCAGCUUCAGCCAGAGCUCGGCGCUGGCGCGGCACCAGGCCGUGCACACGGCCGACCGGCCUCACUGCUGCCCGGACUGUGGCCAGGCCUUCCGCCUCCGCGCCGACUUCCAGCGCCAUCGACGGGGCGGCGGCUGCGCGGAGCCUGGCGGCGACGGCCCUCAGCACGAGCCCUGUGAGACGGUGCCCUCGGCGGGGCCCGAGGAGGCGGAAGCCGGGCCCGAGGGGCCUGAGGUCGACGAAGCAGAUGGAGAGGCCGAGGGAGAGGCCGAGGCGAGAGAGGCGGCGAUGGAGGCGCCCACCCCUGGGAGAAAGGACGACCCCGAGCCGGACAGGCGGUUUCUGGGGCUGGGCAACGGCCUGGGGGAGGGCGAAGGCCCUUCCUCGCACCCGCUCGGCUUCCACUUUCCCAUGCACCCCAAGUCUUGGCUCCACCCGGAUGGCUUUCCGAUCCUGGGCCUCCCGGACUUCGCGGAGCGGCUGUCGACCGACGGGCGCCCCCUGCCCGGACCCCUGGGGGGCCGGCUCUCCCUGGUCGAGGGCGGGGGCCUGGCCUGCGACCCUUUCGGCGGCGGUCCUGGGCCUGGGGGCGGCGGCGGCCUGCGUGCGUUCGGGCCUGCAGUCGGAGGGCUGCUGGCGGAGCCUGCGCCUGCCGCGCUGGCCGAGGAGGAGAGCCCGUGGAUAUGUUCCGACUGCGGCAAGACGUUCGGGCGCCGCGCGGCGCUGGCCAAGCACCAGCGCUACCACGCGGGCGAGCGGCCGCACCGCUGCGCCGACUGCGGCAAGAGCUUCGUGUACGGCUCGCACCUGGCGCGCCACCGCCGCACGCACACGGGCGAGCGGCCCUUCCCGUGCCCUGAGUGCGGUGCGCGCUUCGCCCGCGGCUCGCACCUGGCGGCGCACGUGCGUGGCCACACGGGCGAGAAGCCCUUUGUGUGCGGUGUGUGCGGCGCGGGCUUCAGCCGGCGCGCGCACCUGACGGCGCACGGGCGCGCGCACACGGGCGAGCGGCCCUACGCGUGCGGCGAGUGCGGCCGCCGCUUCGGGCAGAGCGCGGCGCUGACGCGACACCAGUGGGCGCACGCCGAGGAGAAGCCGCACCGUUGCCCCGACUGCGGCAAGGGCUUCGGCCACAGCUCGGACUUCAAGCGGCACCGGCGCACGCACACGGGCGAGAAGCCCUUCCGCUGUACCGACUGCGGCCGCGGCUUCGCGCAGCGCUCCAACCUGGCCAAGCACCGGCGCGGCCACACGGGCGAACGGCCCUUCCCGUGCCCUGAGUGCGGCAAGCGCUUUUCGCAGCGCUCGGUGCUCGUGACGCACCAGCGCACGCACACGGGCGAGCGGCCCUACGCCUGCGCCAACUGCGGCCGCCGCUUCUCGCAGAGCUCGCACCUGCUCACCCACAUGAAGACGCACCGCGGCGCGGCGGGCUCGCCCGGCCAGACGCCCACCGCCCCCGCGCCCAAGGCCGAGGCACCUGCUAAGGGGCCGCCGAGCGCGGGCGCGGGGACCGGGCCCGGGGAGCGCGGCAGCACCCUGCUGGAGUUCGCAGGCGGAACGAGCUUCGGCUCCGAGCCGACGGCCGCGUUCGCGGGGCCCUCGGGCGCCUACGAGGAGAGCAUCAUGUGAAGGCCCCAGGCCGACGGAGGCGCAGCCCGCUAGGCCACCGGCCCCUUGCGGCUCGAGCGCCGGCCGCUGCGCGCCGGCCCCUUGCUCUUCUGCCCUCAGGGGGCUGAGGGUCCCAGUCCUGGUGCGGUGCCUUCCCCUCAGCCCCGGUGCACCGCUCCCCGGCCUCGGGCUUCCCUCCUGCCCGGCCCUAGAGAACCGGCCGCCGAGCUCGGAUGGCCGUACGGGGGGCGCAGGGGGAGAGGAGAGCUGCGCGCGGAGCAGAUGGGGACAGGGGGCGGCAACCCCGACAAGAGACUGCGACAUCACUGGAUCGAUGCGGUGAGGCCAAGCGGUAGGGAUGGCAGGCGAAGUGUUAUUUAUUUUACUCGGAUUCCGAUAUGGGUGGCCCGGGGGACAGGUGGCUUGUGAGUUAGUAACUGGGUUUUACAGCGAGGGAGGGGAAGCCCUUGCAUCAAGGGAGGGUGGGGUGGUCGAGGGCAGAGCAUAUGGCUACUCCAGUGGGUUUGGCUGAUGACUUCUUCCAGUUCCUCAGCGGGAGACUUCAGGGACCUUCUGGUCAUUCGAGUAUGUCCAGAAAGUUUUGAGGACUGUGCGCGUGGCGAGGGGAAGCCUCGUGGGUUUUCAAAGGACGUUGUGUCUCCCUAAUCCGGGGUGGGGGGUGAAGUGGAGAUGCACCUGGGAAAGCUUUUGUUCUGUCGACUGUGGAUAUUUACUUCCAUGGCUUGUAUGGCCCGAAGAAUCUGGGAGGAAGAGAAAAAGCCGGAAAUCACAUUGUGGCCCCAGGCAGACGGGUUGCAGGUGUUUGCAGGGUCCCCAGGGAGUUUGAAGCCUUAUUCCCCAGAGUCGCUCGCUGUCUUCACCCCGCUUGAGCACCGAGAGCAGCCCGGCCGUGUGGGUUUUAGUUUCAGCCUCCCCUCUGAGUCCUUGGGUACUCUCGCCUGGGACCACUGGAGGCGGCAUACUCGGAGAUCCUCGGGGAGCCCAGCAGCCAGGGGCCCCAGCCUUUGGCUCCCUGGCUGCCACCUUUCCCUGAGUGGGUGGACACAUGGGGCCCUGCUCUUGUGAGUCCGCCGCUCAUUUAGAUUUAAUAGACAAGUGUAAAGUGACAGAGGUUGGUAGUAGGAUUGUUUCUUACCUCCCAGGAUUAGAGCCUUAUGACCUCCUCGGGUCCGUUUAACUCUGCUUCUGUCAUUAUUCUACACUAGAAGCAAGUGGUGUUUCUGGUUAGGUUCCCAUCUCACAGAGUGGGCAGUGAGUGGAGGCACCGUGGGCCGGGCUGUCAGCCCGGCAGUGGUACACCUCUGGGGGUUCGGACAUGAGCCCGGGGCUCAGUGACUGACCAAGUGUCCAGCUAUGCAAGGCCCGCAACUGGCCAGCGCCGCUCCUUCCAGGCUGGGCUCUUUCGAGCCACCGGGUCACCUGCAAGGCAUCCGCCCCCUUUAAUGCUUUCUGGGCCAGUGUGAAUGGGGCCAGAAAACUGAAAUUUUGAAGCAGCCGCAUUCCCUUUUAGACCUAGUUCCUUCUGUUUUAGCGUAGACAUGGCCCUGGGGCCUGAGAGCCAGCAGCGGGCGGGAAGGGGGCCUGGACGGUGGUGGUAAGAAUGGGCCUGG